AUGGCAAACUCCUCUACCUCGAAUCUCAACCCAAAUUCGAAUCCAAAUCUAACCCACCACCUCAGCGACCCCACCCUGACGCCUAUCAUUUCCUCCAGCACCUCGAAUCCCCAGAGCCAAGCUCUGACAGCGCUCACGAGCACAGCACUCACAGCCUACGACUAUGCAUCCCGUCUCGGUCUAGGUGUUCCUCAAAGAAUUAUGAUCGAAUCCACCUCCCCCGGCCCCCUAAUCCUACACUCCUACCUCAACCCCCCGUCUCCCCAGCCCCGCUAUCUCCACUCCACCGCCAUAAACAGCAUUCUCGAGACGGCACGCGAAGGCCUACGUCCCCUGAGUCGCAACACCACCACUCCCACCGAAGACCCCGAGACCCCCGCCGAGUUACAAACCAACGGCACAAAUACCAGUAGCACGCCGGAAGAGGAAGAUAAUGGUAGUGAGGCGACCAAUGCUGCAAAUGCGCCGCCAUUGUUGAUAGGUACCGUGGUAGCGAGGACGGCGGAUAGUGCGGGGGAUGCGAGGAGAGCUGCUGCGCGGUUGGAGAGGGUGGGGAGGCAGUUUCAGAGGGAGUGGGUGCUGAGGGAUGAUAGCGAUGAAGGGGGAGAAGAAGGAGAAGGUUGA